AUGGAGCCUCCUCAGGGCCACAGUCAUGAUGCCGGCGGCUUGCUCAGCCUAGGAGCUAAGGAAAAUGGGGAAGAACAGCUUGGUCCGUUCCUGAACGGCAUGAGUGCUUUAGUGAUCUCCAGAAAGCGAACAUUUCCUGGCAGAGGCGAGUGGACGGAUUCUGAGGAGGAGGAAGAGGAACGAGAAGAAGAGGAAGGAGAAGAAGGCCAUGUUGGCGCCAGUGCUCAGGGCCCAAUUGACGACAGGAACCUUGAGGGUGGUGGCGCCUACAGUGGUGAUGAGGAGCACCAGCUGCAGCAGGAGGAGGGAACCCCUGAGGAUGAGGGCGACGGGAGUGUACUGCCUGCAGACUUGCAGCAGCCCCAAGAGCACACCAGGUUCACCCCAGGGCAAUUGCAGGAAUUGGAGAGCAUUUUCCAACGCAAUCAAUACCCCAACGGCCCAGUGAGAAAGGAGAUUGCAAGACAGAUGGGUGUGACUGAAGCCAGAGUGCAGGUUUGGUUCAAGAACAGGAGAGCCAGGUGGAGGAGACGACAUAGGGCACCAAGAUUCAGAAAUAUGCCCUUCAUGUGCCCAGGCCACCCUGUCACCAUAAUCUCGAGUGGCCCCUAUAAUACCAUAUUCAUUCUGAAGCCAGAUGGGACAUGGGUUUGUCUGGAGCCACUGCCGCUCUGGUCGUCCCUGUUUCCCCUGCCACCCAUAAUGCCUCUGCCACCUAUGAUGCCUGUGCCGCCCCCGAUGUACCUGCCUCCUCUGACUCGCCUGCUGCAUCUGAUUCACCUGCCGCCCCUGACACCCUUUCCUCACCUGUUCUUGCCUCCUCUACCUUUGUUUCUUCCGCCUUUGCCUCCUUUUGGCCUGGCUUCAUUUAACGUGGUCUCUAUUGUCAUUGCCAACAAUUCAUUUGUAGUCCCCAUUUACUGA